AUGCCUCUGAUCAACCUGCCCACAGAGAUCUUGUGCGACAUCGCGAAGCCUCUCGCCCUCAAGGACUACCUGAGCUUUCGUCUAGCUUGCCGCACCACCUCCAGGAUCGAUUUCGAGAAGUUCGCUCAGCGGCUGCUCAAGAUUGACGGAUGCUCCAUUGAUGUUCCAUUCUGCCAGUCGCGGUUUUCGCGUGGGCUUUUGCCUGCAAUAGCCCUACUACGCGGCUCGAGCGCUUUGACUGAGCGGGCGCAAAGCAUCAUGCUACAUUUCCCAGCGAGUCAUGAGCAGACAUUCGGGGCACACUUCCAACAAGUUGCAUGCGAGCAAGAGAUGUUCUAUGCUCCAACCACGGAAUUCCUCGCUCUGCUCAAGAAGCUCCGAUCCUUGAAGAUCCAUUCCCUGAACGCAGUCAGUCCCCAUGCACAGCUGAAGUUCCCCGACAUGAUACAGAUCUUGAAGACUGCUGCCAUCAGUCUGACCGAACUCAAUCUUGUAUCCUGCAAUAUCACUAGCCGACAGUUCCAGGAAAUUCUUGACGGCAUCCCGUCACUGCGCACGUUGAAGUUCGGCGGCAAUGGCAGGGGCUCAUACUGCCCGGAUCGUUGGUCGCGAGCACUCGCACAUAUAGCGACCCGAACCGAGCUCAGCAUCAUCAAGCUCGAGGUCAGUACCUUGCUUGAGCACCAUGAGAGGCAGAAAGACGACCCGGCUAUUGGAUACUACAGCAAGUACGGUUGUCAGCGACUGUGUCUCCUAGGCCAGGAGUACGAUUUUGAGUCCGCUGAGGACAACGCUACACGCUACAUCACGAAGAUCUGGCGAAGCCCAGACGGCUUUCAGCAGUACAAACUCGGCAACACGACCUCGUUCAUGUUCGGCAAGCGGGCAAUCAGGGCAGGACUGAAGAUCAUGCUAGGCAAUAUCAUGUCCAAGGAGGAGGUGGAAUCAUUGCACAUCGAAACUUGA